AUGGGUGCAGAAGAAUCGACGAUACCCGAACGAUUAAAUUCAUCUCAGAUUCAAGCUUUAGCAUCCAAGACAAAAUAUUCUAAAGAUGAAAUCGAGAAGUACUACCAUAAGUUUAUAACAGAAUAUCCGAGUGGAAAAAUAUCGAAAGAAACGUUUUACGAAGCUUAUCAUGAAUUACAUCCUGAAGCAAAAUCACAUCAAGACGCAGCUAUGUUUAAAAAAUUUGACAUAAAUAAUUCAGGAGAUAUUGAUUUCCGUGAAUUUAUGGUGGCUUUAAAAGCAAAUUCAGCCACAUUAAAACUGUUAAUAAAUAAAGAUGAUAUAUACCAGGAGCACUGGACAAAGACAAAAGUGCGAAACCAAGAUGCGGCAAAAUUCUAG